AGAGUAACGGAUUGAUUUCAGCCCCGUAUGGUUACAUGUCUUUAUUGCAUACACGCAGCAAGGAGGGACGAGGCAAAGUGGAUGGAGCUGGGAAAAAAAUAAAAUAAUUUUUUUUAAAAAAAGAGCCAGCAGAAAGGGAGAGCUCAUAGGACUCCCCUUCAGGCAUCCGAACAAGUCUGGACUGUUCUGCGGCUGCUUGAGUUCAGCCUACUCUGAGCAAGGCAGCCUCGGGAAACACAAACAGCUCUCACUGUUACACUAGUCCCCUGCGGGGAUGCACCGGGUGAAGUUGUGUUUGUGAGCUGCAGAGGACGACUGUGGCGUUGGGCUUUUUCGUAUCUCGGAGCAGUGGAUACUACUGUGGGACCACACACUGCACGGAGAGCUCGGGCUGGAUAUGCCACAGGUGGGAAGGUGCACGGAGCAGAAAUCCCCAGGUUGUGAAGAUGUGGAGCCGGGUUUUCAUUCUGAUUGUCCUCCUGUUCUCCAUGAAACAGGCUAAUGCUCAGGGCAGGUGUAACAAUGUGCAAGCAGCAGAUAUUGUUUUCCUGGUUGAUGGGUCUUCCAGUAUUGGCCGAGCCAACUUCUUGCAGGUGAAGGGCUUCAUGACUGGAAUUGUGAAGCCUUUUGCUGGCUCCAUCAGUGCAUCAGGAAUUCGGUUUGGCGCCAUACAGUACAGCGACACCUCAAGGGUGGAGUUCACCUUCACCUCCCACCUGAAUGGUACUGAGCUUGUGAAUGCUGUUCAGAAUCUGAACUAUAAAGGUGGAAACACACGCACUGGUGCUGGUCUCAAGUUUGUCUCUGAUAACUUCUUCAACCCUUCGUCCAGUCGGGAUGUCCCAAAGAUCACUAUCCUGAUCACAGAUGGGAAGUCACAGGACAGUGUGACAGAACCGGCACAGAAGCUGCGCAGUCAAGGAGUGCAUGUUUUUGCAGUUGGCAUUAAGAGUGCAGACAGAAGUGAGUUGACUCAGAUCGCCUCCCAGCCCAGCAGCGAUUUCACCUCUUUUGUUGGGGAAUUCAGACUGCUGAACACUCUCCUUCCUCUUGUGAGCCCUCGAGUGUGUACAAAAGCAGGAGGAGUCUUUGCCAGUGAUGAGGCCUUUUCUGGUCCAUCCAACAUUCAGUUCGCAGGUCAGACUUCUGAUUCUCUCCGGUUUCGCUGGAAUCCUGCGGGGGGUCCUGUGAGUGGCUAUGUAGUCCAGUAUGUACCCCUCUCUGGCCUGGGUCAGCCAAUCAUAUCAGAACUGCGUCAGGAAACUCUCUCUGCCAGUCAGAGGACGUUUACCGCACGAGAGCUGAGGUCAGGAACAGAUUACCUUGUGACCGUCAUCGCCCAGUACCCCAACAGUGUGGGAGAUUCUGUUUCUGCCAAGCAACGAACCAGAUCAUUGCCAGGUGUCUCCAGUCUACGCUUGAUUCAGACGGGCUUCUUUUCUCUCUCUGUGGGGUGGGACAAGCCUACAUCUCCCAUCCAGGGCUACAGAAUCACCUAUGGACCUCGAGGUCAGCCAGCGGCUCAGCUGUCGGAGCAGUCACUAUCUGCAGACUCUACAUCUGCCACCUUGGACUCACUUCAGCCUGACACGGAGUACGUCAUCAGCCUCUACACCUUAUUCCCCCGAAACUCAGCAUCCCCAUCUGUCCUCAAUGCUCGCACAUUGCGCCUUGAGGCAGUGCAGCAGUUGACAGUGGAGACGGAGUCAGAGGGCAGUGUUCGUGUAAGAUGGAGAGGUGUCAGUGGUGCACGUGCCUACCGCCUGGUCUGGGGACCUUUUACAGGUCGUGAUGUGGAGACUGUGGAGGUUCCUGUCGACAGUGAGUUCUACACUUUGUCCAGGCUGAAACCUGACACCGAGUACAUUGUCACUAUCAUCCCGCUGUAUGAGGGCAACACAGAGGGCCCUGGAGCAACAGCCAGAUUCAAAAUAGAGAGCCAGGAGCAGCAGGUCCUCAGAGCGACUAUCACCGGCCCCUCCUCCAUCCGCCUCACCUGGAGAAUCAUUCGGUCCUCCCAGGGAUAUCGUCUGGAGUGGAGAGAGACAGAAGGAGGACCUGUCCAGAGCCAGUCCUUUCCUAGCAGCACCAACAGCUAUGAGCUCGUAGGCCUUCGACCCAACACAGAAUAUGUCAUCACCCUGUACACCCUGUUCGAAGGCCGUGAGGAGGCUACACCAGUCACCACCACAUCCAGAGAGGAGCAGCCAGUGGGAAGUGUGACUGACCUGCGAGUGGUGGAGUAUCUGGGCAGUAUUGUGAGACUUGGCUGGACGGGCGUAGCUGGAGCCACUCAGUACCGAAUCAUAAUCUUGAGCACAGAAGGGGCAACAGAGGAAAUUCAAAUUGUCCCUGGAAACCAGACCACCCUUGACCUCAGAGACUUAACAGUGGGAGUGUCGUAUGUUGUCAGUGUCACAGCUCUGGUCGGAGAAAAUGAAGGUGGCCCAGUUACUGUGACCAUCACACCAGAGCAAGGUCCAGGACGAGUGACCAAUCUCAGAGUAACAAAUACAAACAGUCGAAGGGUGCGAAUUGCCUGGACAGGUGUUACAGGUGCAACAGGGUACAGGGUUACUUGGAGACAAGGCAGUGGUCCGGAGCAAUACAAUACUCUGGGAGCAGAGGCCACAUCCUACACCAUAGAAGGCCUGCAACCAGACGAGGCACUGGUAAUCGGUGUCGCAUCUGUUGUCGAACAACGCAUUGGAGAGGUGGUCACCCUGUCUACCCGAACUAAUCCUAACGGUGGAGCGCUGUCUGGACUUCGCGUCAUUGAUGCCACGUCACAGAGAAUACGCAUUGCAUGGUUGCCUUCCGCCAGGGCAACUGGUUAUAAGAUCACCUGGCGUGGUGAUGAUGGAGUCGCUACAACUCGUAAUGUGGCUGCGGACGUCUCUUCCUAUACCAUUGAUGGACUACAGUCAGACGUGACCUACAGUGUCAUAGUGUCUGCAUUAUAUGGCUCCCGAGAAGGAAGCACUUCCACUCUGAACAUCAGAACAGACCAGACUGUGGUCGGGACUGUGACAUCACUGCAAGUCCAGGAGACCCGUGGAGAGGUGGUUCGAGUUAGUUGGGUUGGUGUGCAGGGAGCAACUGCUUAUCGUGUGUCUUGGAGAAGAACAGACGGUGGAGAAGAGAGGAGUCAGGUGGUGAGUGGAGAUGUGACGGCAGUGGAUUUAGAUCAGCUGGACCCUGGAGUUCAGUAUGAAGUGCAGGUCAUGGCUUUAGUUCAAAACAGAGAGGGAAAUCCUGUGUCUGUCAGAGUCACCACACCUCGUGAUUAUACCCCAACUCCACCAUUAACUACCACAACUUUACGAGUAGCAGAAGUUACCCAGAAUUCUGUGCGGUUAGGCUGGACUCCUCUACCAGGUGCCACAGGGUAUAUAGUUCGCUGGAAAGACCAGACAGAUACUGGUCAAGGCUUGUCUGUUACGCUGCCUGCCUCGUCCAGCUCUUACCAGGUGACUGGGCUGCGUUUGGGACGUCGGUACCGAUUCACAGUGCAGCCCGUCUUUCAAAGUAGACUAGGAACGGAGAGCUAUGUAGAUGAACGCCCUGUGUGUUUGGGUGGACGCCUGGACGUGGUGUUUCUGGUGCCUGCGUCUACUGAUCGGAUCAGCUUUGCAAGACCUCUACGCGAACUCCUUGCAAGUGUAGCAGGUUCACUCACCACUAUUGGACCCCGGGACUCUCAGGUAGGAGUUGUAAUAUAUGGUUAUCGACCCAAAAUAUGGUUCCUGCUCAGUCGCCAUAGCAGACACGACACACUUCUCCAAGACAUUGAAUCCACGCCUUUUGAUGAAAGCCCAGGGAAUAACAUUGGUGAGGCUGUGACGUUCACCAGACAGUAUCUUCUUAGCCCAUCAGCUGGACGGAGGCCGAGGGUCCCUGGUGCUGUUGUCAUCAUUGCUGAUAGAAGAUCAGCUGACAACCUGACUCUCGCUGCCAACACUCUAAAGACUCCAGGACUGACUGUGCUAGCAGUGGGCAUAGACCAGGCAAACAGUGAUGAUCUGCGUCGGGCUGUGACUGAUGGCAGCUUGCAAAACAUACUGUAUACCCGCAAUGUGGCACAGUUGGACACGCUACACACUGACCUGGCAGACAUGCUCUGUGGUAUUGCCAGAAUACCUGAGGUUACUCCAGGUCCAGAGCAGUGCAACGUUCAGUGCCCUCAGGGUGAGAAAGGAGAGCGUGGAGAGAAGGGUGAGAGAGGUAGAGAUGGUGUGGAUGGGCGUAAGGGAGAGUCUGGCCGUGAUGGUUUGCCAGGGAGGGAAGGCCCCAGAGGUCCUGAAGGACGGCCCGGUCCACCAGGCCGGACCGUCCCUGUUGAUCCGUCAGUGGGAACUAAAGGAGAAAAAGGGGAGAGAGGUUUCCCUGGUAUUGAUGGCAAUCCAGGGUUGCCAGGGCGACCAGGUGCCCCUGGAAAUGCAGGCAUCCCAGGAUCACAGGGUGUACCUGGUGUCAGAGGAAGCACAGGUGAUCCAGGAGGACCAGGGCCUUCAGGGCCAAAGGGGGACAGAGGUGAAAAGGGUGAACCAGGUUCUGGAGGGGUUCUUCCAGGGAGGAAAGGAGAACCAGGCAUCCCAGGAAUACCGGGGAGUCCAGGUCGACCAGGCAGCGACGGACCCAAAGGUGAACCUGGAGUUCCAGGGUCACGAGGUCAGGAUGGUCGCCCAGGUAUACCAGGAACACCAGGACUUUCCAUCAAGGGAGAUAAGGGCAGCUCAGGAGAGAGGGGACCUCCAGGAGUAGGCAGCGGGGUGGCUGUGAAGGGCGAGAAGGGCGAAGACGGCUCCCCUGGUACUUCAGGAGCUCCAGGGCCUCAAGGACCCAGAGGGCUCACAGGACCUCAGGGCAGCAAAGGAGACAAGGGUGAUGAUGCUGUCGGGCUGCCCGGACCUCCAGGCAGGCAGGGGGAGCCUGGGGACAGGGGUCCCCGUGGGCCUCCAGGAGAAAUUGGCAGCAAGGGCGACCGAGGACAGCCAGGCGAGCCCGGAUCACAAGGAGACAGGGGGGAGAGAGGACCAGCUGGUGCAACUGGGGAGAGAGGGGACCCAGGCAAGCCGGGACUCGCAGGAACACCAGGGUUGAGAGGUUUACCGGGAUCUAGCGGGCCGCCGGGAGAGAAGGGAAAUGAAGGCGCGCGAGGGGAGCCAGGCGGAAGUACUCCUGGGCUCCCAGGGAAGAAAGGAGAACAGGGGGAGAGAGGGCUGCCUGGUCUUGAUGGCACCAGGGGAGACAAGGGUGAGCCAGGACAGAGAGGAGACAAAGGGUCUCCAGGUGCAGGUGCUCCUGGACCUAAAGGGGAUCCAGGAGACAGAGGACUCGCUGGUGCUAACGGGAAACCAGGUGCCAAGGGAGACCUGGGAGAACCAGGAGAGAGGGGAGAGAACGGGCGCCCAGGAAUCCCAGGAAAGCCUGGUCUUCCUGGAAAGGAGGGAGAAAAGGGAGAGAAAGGCGAUGAAGGCACUCCUGGCGAGUCUGGACUUCCUGGAAAGUCUGGAGAAAGAGGACUGAGGGGAUUGGCUGGUCAGCCAGGACGACCAGGAGAAAAAGGAGACAUGGGAGACCCGGGAGAGCAUGGACGAAAUGGCAGCCCUGGACCUGCUGGACCAAGAGGAGAGAAAGGAGAACAGGGACCUCAAGGGCCUCCAGGAAUUGUGACUGACAUCAAGGGCGGGCUGAGAGGAGAAAAAGGAGAGAAGGGUGAUGCUGGCGAUCCAGGAGAGCAUGGCGGCAAAGGCGUGAAAGGCGAAGCAGGGACUCCUGGAGUGCCGGGUCUUCGAGGUCCAGAGGGACAACGGGGACCUGCAGGCACGAGAGGUGACACAGGGGAAAGAGGGACACCCGGAGACAAGGGAGAAAGGGGGGCAUCUGGUUUGGAUGGACGUCCUGGUCUGGAUGGUAAACAAGGCACUCCUGGUCCACCUGGACAGAGGGGCGAUCCUGGGAAACAGGGAGACUCUGGAAGAGAUGGAUUACCUGGACUGAGAGGAGAACAGGGUCCCCCGGGGCCAGUUGGGCCCCCGGGCCAAUCAGGGACGCCUGGUAAAGCAGGUGAAGAUGGCAAACCUGGGGCUCCUGGUAAAAUGGGUGAGGACGGGGUUCCAGGUGAAGAUGGAAGAAAGGGUGACAAAGGGGAACCUGGAGCAGCAGGAAGAGAUGGCCGUGAUGGACAGAAAGGGGAUCGUGGUCUUACUGGGCCUGUUGGACCCGCUGGUGCUGCUGGAUCUCCUGGACUACCUGGCAGCAUUGGUCCUCCUGGAGAGGUUAGGUAUAUAAAAGGAAUUGAUGCAGUACCGAUCCCAGGUCCGCAGGGGCCUCCAGGAACGCCUGGGGUUCCUGGAAUCCCAGGAGCUGUCGGUGCCCGAGGCGAGAGAGGUUCACCUGGGCUUAAAGGAGAUGCUGGAGACCCUGGAGAGGAUGGGGCGCCGGGUAAACCUGGAACAGCAGCGGAUGUACAAAAAGCUCUGGCAAACCUCGGUAUCCUGGUGUCUGAUCUGCAGUUGAUUGUGGACAAGAGGGACACAGCACUAGUGCAAAAAACAGAGAAAGGUGAUAAGGGAGACAGAGGUGAAUCUGGACUGAGAGGACCAUCUGGUGCAGAUGGUCCUCGUGGCUUUUCUGGAGACAGGGGACCUAAAGGGGAUCAAGGUGAGCGAGGACCUCCGGGACCAACUGGGCUUCCAGGAAGAGCCAUUGGAGAACGAGGGCCAGAAGGACCCCCAGGGCCUGCUGGAGAGUCAGGCAAGCCUGGAAUACCAGGUGUUCCUGGACGGGCAGGGGAGGUCGGGGAGGCUGGGAGACCAGGAGAAAAGGGUGAGAGGGGAGAGAAAGGUGACAAAGGUGAAUCUGGAAGAAUUGGAUCAACAGGACCAGCUGGUCCACCAGGUCAAAAGGGAGCAUCUGCCGAUUCUGUACUGGUGGGUCCCCCUGGGGCCAGAGGCCCCCCAGGGCUGGUUGGACAAAAGGGAGAGCCUGGUGCUUCAGGACAACCUGGACUCAAAGGAGACCGGGGAUUUGUGGGACCUCAAGGUAAUAAAGGAGACAGAGGUGAUCCUGGAGAAAGGGGACGUGAUGGCUCACAGGGAGCACCAGGAGAAUCUGGAAAACCUGGUCAGGAUGGGAAGCCGGGCUCAGCAGGGCCUGCUGGUCCUCGAGGUCAACCAGGAAACCCCGGAGAGCCUGGCAUUAGGGGUCCAACUGGCCCCAUGGGUCCCAACGGGCUGCCAGGAGCACCAGGUGUAAAGGGUAAUCAGGGAGAGGCCGGCAUCGGUGUUCAGGGUCCUCCUGGUGCCCAGGGAAGCACAGGUCUGCCAGGACCACCAGGUCCUCCAGGAGCUGUGGGUCCACAGGGUCCUCCGGGACUGUCAGGUCAGGUGGGCGAGGCAGGUAAACCUGGUGUACCUGGAAGAGAUGGGGUGCCUGGGAAAGAAGGAUUACCUGGAUUACCAGGAAAACAGGGCAUUAUUGGACCUCCAGGUCAGCCCGGAUUAAAAGGAGAGCAGGGAGAUAGUGGCCCUCCAGGGAAGUCUGUGGCUGGACCCCCCGGACCAAAAGGAGGGAAUGGUAUUCCUGGUCAAACACUGCCGGGCCCAGCUGGAGAGAGAGGUCUCACUGGUGAAAAGGGUAACAGGGGCGACAAAGGUGCUGCAGGCACCAAAGGAGAAAGAGGAGUACCAGGUGAACCAGGAGAGCCUGGAGAAAAUGGUGAACAGGGAUCGCCUGGUCCAAAAGGAGACAAGGGAGAGAAGGGCAUAGGAAUGACAGGUCCUCCUGGUCGGGUUGGGCCCCAAGGUUUAAAGGGGGACCCAGGGCUUCCUGGUCCAGCUGGUCCUCCAGGGCCUCAAGGGAAGACGGGGGAUCCUGGGCAGUCUGGUGUGAGAGGAGAAAAUGGACAGGCAGGACCUCCUGGACCCCCAGGGGAAAGGGGCGUCCAAGGCUUUGCAGGUCGCGUAGGAAAUGUUGGCGCUCCAGGUCCAUCUGGGCCUCCUGGACUAGCAGGUACUCCUGGUAUUCCUGGGGUAAAAGGAGACAAGGGGGAAAACGGUGUCGGCGCUCCUGGUCCCAGAGGAGAGAGAGGAGAUCCAGGGUCCAGAGGCGAGGAGGGUCGAGCUGGUGUGGACGGGGAGAGAGGACCAACGGGUCCCGCGGGGGUUCGUGGCGCUCGGGGAGAGAAGGGAGACGGCGGGCUGCAAGGUGACAAAGGAGAAAAGGGGGACACUGUGCUGGUGGGAGGACCUCCUGGAGAAAAGGGCAACAAAGGGGAAACAGGCGACAGAGGACCCAAAGGUGUACAAGGAGAAAAGGGGUUGAAAGGUCAAGAGGGUCCACCCGGGGAGCAGGGUCUGAGGGGAGAACCUGGAGAACGGGGAUCUACUGGGUUCCCGGGAGCCCGUGGUCCUGGUGGACAAAAGGGAGAAGCAGGCCAACCAGGAGUACCUGGAGAAUUGGGUUUAUCUGGAAAAGAUGGACUGGCAGGGCGAAAGGGAGAUAAAGGAGAGACCGGCAUCGUAGGAAUGAGAGGAAUCAAGGGUGAUCGCGGACCAAAGGGGGCUUGUGGAAGCGACGGACCCAAAGGAGAAAAGGGGGAUGCUGGUGUCCACGGACGGUCAGGCCUACCAGGGAGGAAAGGUGGUCAGGGGGAUGUCGGACCUCCCGGGGCCCCUGGGACCCCUGGAAAAGAGGGACUGAUCGGCCCAAAGGGAGACCGUGGUUAUGACGGGGUUACAGGAUCUAAAGGAAGUCAGGGAGAAAAGGGUGAAAGGGGUCCACCCGGUGUCCCUGGUCCUCCAGGUCCCAGAGGACUGGAUGGGGCCGCAGGCUUGACUGGGGCGCAAGGACCAGCUGGUGCUAAAGGCCCAGAGGGACUCCAGGGACAGAAGGGUGAGAGAGGCCCAAUUGGUCCCGCCAUGGUCGGUCCACGUGGCGUCCCGGGAAUCCCAGGAGAGCGAGGACUGAUGGGAGAGAUGGGCCCAGAUGGAGCCAAGGGAGACCGAGGAGAGCCAGGCAUGACGGAGGAUGAGAUCAGAGAGUACGUUCGCUCGGAGAUGAGUCAGCACUGUGCGUGUGGAGGUUCAGGCCCAGACAUUCGGUCCGGGCCCACGGUCAGGGCUCGGCCUGCAGCAGAGCAACAACUGAUACAGAGGGGUGAGGAGGGCCGUGAGCUGCGUGUGGUGAUGAACACCAAUGACCCAGACUACGAGCACAUCUACUCCAUCGAGGCUUAUGACGACCCCCUGGAUGAGCUGCUCUACUUCCCUACUCCCUCUGCCAACCAGAGUGACGGUGAGCUCGAGCAAAAGGAAUCUGAGAAAACAGUCAGUGUUAAACCAAGCAAAUCAGCAGGUGCUGACAUUCAAAAAACAGCAACAGCUGAUCUUCAGAAAGUAAAAGUUACAAGCCUGAGAGCAGUCGUGCCCAAAACAGUCAGGUUCAAGAGGAGAGUCAAAGGGGAAGCAUCAACAGAUAUAUGCCUCCUGCCCAUGGAGGAGGGGAGCUGUGGACGAUACACAAUGCGUUGGUACUUCAACAGUAAGGUUCAGGCCUGCAGACCCUUCAUCUACAGUGGUUGUGAGGGAAACGACAAUCGCUUCCUCCACCUGGAAGAGUGUGAGGAGGUCUGCCUUGGGAAGGCCGAAGGUGCUCCUCCCCUGAAGACAGCACAAUGAUUGUGGCCAACUCCUCCUUUGCCACAGGAAUGUUAGCCUUUACAUUGCUUUUAUAGAAAAUUAUGUUCUCAGAUGUCAGUGGUUUUGUUUGUUCUGUUUAUUUAUUGUAUCUUUAAACGCAACUAAAUUUUACCGUGCUUUAAACAGGGUUGCCAGAAUGCCUCACUCACAAAACAGUGUUUGCUAGAUUAAAAAUAACUUUGCUUCUGAUGGAUUACUACUAAUUAUUAAAAAAAAAGGAGCAGUGUAAAGGAUUUAGGGAAUUCUGUUAACAGAAAUGCCAUCCAUCAUCUGUCUGUAGCCGCUUAUCCUGUAGAGAGUCAGGGAUGGCGGGAGCCUUUCCCAGCUGUUUUUGUUUGGGAGAUAGAGUACACCCUGGACGACCAAUUUAGAGUCACCAGUUAAACUAAUGUAAACAUGUCUCCAGACUGUGAGAGGAAACUGGAGCACAGAGAAAGGCCACAAAAGAACAGAGAGAACAUGCAAACUCUCCACAGACAGGUAAAACAGCUAAAUUAAAAUGGAUUUUUGGCCAUGGUAUGCUAAUGUUAUAUUAGCAACCACACAGGUAGCUAACACAAGCAAUAAAGCCCUACAUCAUUAUGGAUGUAGCAACAGGGGCCUGGCAGACACCACAGGUUCUUGCAUAUCUUUGGAGAGGGAGGCUUAUUCAGUUGGCUGCAAUCUGCAAUCUCACCACUAGAUGUCUCUAUAUUCUAUGUGCUGGUCCUUUAAAUAGUUUCACACUGAAGGGGAGUACCUUCACUUUCUAUUCCAGACUUCACCCUGAUUUUCUCAGUUUGACUUUAACCAAAGUAUGGAGGUACUUUAGUACAUUCUGUUCGGAUCAUGUGCCACACUGGUAAUAAGAUCCAUGUCUGCAUAUGAAUCUGAGAGAAACUAAACAUUCUUUAAUUAAAUACCAGUUUGGUGAAGCUCAUUAGAUUUCACUGACUUGAUGGUCUUUGGGAUUACAGCUUGCAGUUUUAAAUCAUUAAAAGUAAUAGCUAUUUUAUUUUGACAAAAUAAUAUUUAUUUCCCGUGCUCUUUUAUAUUUUUAAAAAUAUAAAAUAUUUUCAAAAAAUAUAAAAAGUCAUUAGUGUGUCAGUAGCAAUCCAAAUUACAUCAAGAUCCUUCACAGAACCCAGACACCCAAACACACAGCAGUGGUGACAAGGAAAGCCUCCCACUGAACAGGAACUACCCAGUCUCACCCCUCUCAAACAUAGAAACGAGGGAAAAAUAAAGCGAAAAUAAAUUGCAGCAGCUGUAACAGAAAAUCCAGACAAAGUCAUUGACAGCACUGCACAUCACUGCUAUUCUAUCAAUAAUAUGGUAAAACAAUACUGUGCAGUAAAGAGACAAAGGUCUAAAACAAAAGACUAAUCGUGUAAGUUGUCUUUACAGAGGACACCAGAACACACUUCCAAAUGAUUUAACAACACAUUUUGUUAAAUGACAUACAAACUGCACAUGAACUUCACUGAACUGGUAUUUACUGUAAGAAUAUUGUGUAAUAUGGUCUGUAUGUGUUGACUUGUGUGCAUUGUGCCAACACUGAAAUGUUUUCUUCUAUUAAUAAUCUUGUUGUAAUGUUACCCAACAAUCGAAACAAAACCUACGUACAAAAUCAUCCAAAUAGCAUUAAACACUAGUAUUUAUUUUAAUAAGUCUACAAGGAUUACAUUGUGCAAUUUGUCUGAUUUUGUACUGCAGUGUAUCUGAAAGUCAAAGCUGACUUCUCAGUGUUUCUGUGUACAGUUUGGGGUUAUUGACUUUUCUUUCCAACAUAGUUUGAAGUAACUCUUUUAACCAUGAGAUGGUUCUUGGCCCCAUCUAAAAAAGGAAACUGAUACAAGUGUUUCAUAGGUUUCCCAAUGACACUAAUUUCUCCUCAUGCUCUUCUACACACACAAAAAAAAAAAAAAAAAACUAUGCAAGCACAAAUAUACUGGGUUAUUAUAAUGGAUAUAGUUUUAUCAUUUGUAUUAAAUAUGAAGAAUCGAGAACAAUGUUUUGUACAUAAUAUUUGUAUUAUUUGGUGGAAGUUGUCGUUGACUGCAUGUUUACCUGCCAGAGAAAAGGUGCUAUUUUUAAAGGAAUUUUUAUACUGUGUUAUAGGUGUAAGCUUCAAGUGUUUUUCUGGUACAAACGUUUUGUUUCUGUAGUAUUAUGGAACACUUUGAUAAGCAUUUCCAAUAAAUCUAAUGUUUGAGUAAAACUAA